AUGUUGCGCUGCUCGCAGAUGAAGCAGGCGCUGGCCAAGUCGCUGGCCCGCCCGGCCGCCUCGCGCGGCUUCGCCGUGCGCAGCUCGCAGCCGCUGGCCGGCGUCGAGACGUCGGCGCUCACGUCCAAGUACACGGUCGUGGACCACGAGUACGACGCCGUGGUGGUGGGCGCUGGCGGCGCCGGCCUGCGCGCGGCCAUGGGCUGCGCCGAGGCCGGCCUCAAGACGGCCUGCAUCUCUAAGCUGUUCCCCACGCGCUCGCACACGGUGGCCGCGCAGGGCGGCAUCAACGCCGCGCUGGGCAACAUGUCGGAGGACGACUGGCGGUGGCACAUGUACGACACGGUCAAGGGCAGCGACUGGCUCGGCGACCAGGACGCCAUCCACUACAUGUGCAGAGAGGCGCCGGAGGCUGUGCGCGAGCUCGAGGACUUCGGCCUGCCGUUCUCCCGCACGGAGGAGGGCAAGAUCUACCAGCGCCCCUUCGGCGGCCAGAGCCUGGAGUUCGGCAAGGGUGGCCAGGCUCGUCGUACCGCCUGCGCUGCGGACCGCACGGGCCACGCCAUGCUGCACACGCUGUACGGCCGCUCGCUGGCCUUCGACACGUCGUACUUCAUCGAGUACUUCGCGCUCGACCUCAUCAUGAACGACGCCGGUGAGUGCGUGGGUGUCAUGGCCUUCAACAUGGAGGACGGCACGUUCCACCGCUUCCACACCAACAACACGGUGCUGGCCACGGGCGGCUACGGCCGCGCCUACUUCUCGUGCACGUCGGCCCACACGUGCACGGGCGACGGUACCGGUAUGGCUCUGCGUGCCGGUAUCCCCCUUCAGGACCCUGAGUUCGUGCAGUUCCACCCCACGGGUAUCUACGGCGCUGGUUGCCUGAUCACGGAGGGCUCGCGUGGUGAGGGCGGUAUCCUGCGUAACUCGGAGGGCGAGCGCUUCAUGGAGCGUUACGCCCCCACUGCCAAGGACCUGGCCUCGCGCGAUGUCGUGUCACGUGCUAUGACCAUGGAGAUCCGCGAGGGCCGCGGUGUCGGCAAGAACAAGGACCACAUCUUCCUGCACCUGGACCACCUGCCGCCUGAGCUGCUGCACGAGCGUCUGCCCGGUAUCUCGGAGACCGCUGCGAUUUUCGCCGGCGUGGACGUGACCAAGGAGCCCAUCCCGGUGCUGCCGACGGUGCACUACAACAUGGGUGGUAUCGCCACCAACCACAUGGGUGAGGUGGUUGUGCCGGAUCUUGACGGCCUACCGGAGCCCGGCAAGCUGUACUCGGACAAGAUCGUGCCCGGUCUGUUCGCCGCUGGUGAGGCUGCCUGCGCUUCGGUGCACGGCGCCAACCGCCUGGGUGCCAACUCGCUGCUGCUGACCAAGCCUGGUGAUAAGAAGCGUCCGAUGCCCAAGGACGGUGGUCUCAAGGCCAUCGAGGACGUGGACAAGCUGCGUUACGCCGACGGCAGCAUCUCCACGGCCGAGCUGCGUCUGGAGAUGCAGAAGACGAUGCAGGUGGACGCCGCCGUGUACCGCACGCAGGAGUCGCUCGAGGCUGGUAAGGAGAAGAUCGAUGAGGUUGUGCCCAAGUUCAACGACAUCAAGGUGACGGACCGCUCGCUCAUCUGGAACACGGACCUGACGGAGACGCUGGAGCUGCGCAACCUGCUGGCCUGCGCAUCCUGCACCAUGCACGGUGCUGAGGCCCGUAAGGAGUCCCGUGGCGCUCACGCCCGCGAGGACUUCACGGAGCGUGACGACGUCAACUGGAUGAAGCACACGCUCGCUUACCACAGCGACGAGGGCAAGACGCACAUCGCCUACCGCGCGGUGCAGGACCAGACUCUGGACGAGAACGAGUGCAAGCACGUCCCGCCCUUCGCGCGUGUCUACUAA